UGGAAGAUCGAUGACAAGCCGGUAAAAAUUGAUAAAUGGGACGGUUCAGCUGUGAAAAAUUCUUUGGACGAUUCUGCCAAAAAGGUUCUCCUGGAGAAAUACAAGUACGUCGAAAAUUUCCGUUUGAUCGAUGGCCGCCUCAUCAUCUGCACAAUCUCUUGUCUCUUCGCGAUCGUAGCUUUGAUUUGGGAUUACCUGCACCCCUUUCCUGAAUCCAAACCUGUUCUUGCCUUUUGUGUUGUAUCAUAUUUUGUGAUGAUGGGAAUCCUGACUAUCUAUACCUCAUACAAAGAAAAGAGUAUUUUCCUCGUAGCUCACAGAAAAGACCCUGCAGGGAUGGACCCCGACGACGUUUGGCAGCUCUCCUCCAGUCUCAAACG